CUCCCACCACCGCUCCGCCCGAGUCUCCACGAGUCGCCACACUGACCAUCACUCUGCUGUCGAUCACCCCACUGCCAGAAACUCUUGUUACGGACAGAUCUGUUCUAUGGUUAUGACUAUGCCAGUGCUAAGCUAAUACCUAUAUGCCUCUCCUUUGACAGUUCUUAGCAACUAGAGCUGACAACUGACACAAUUCAAUGCCUGCACAGCGCCGCGUGCGCCUGACUAACCUAUUAUUUGAAGCCAGCUACCUCUCGUCCGGCCGAUCUGGAGAUCUCAAGGCGCUAGUUGCUGACCAGUUUACUGCGCUGCGCUCCCAACUCAAAACCGCUCAACUGCCUGGAGGCCGCUGUCCGUGACUGACCGCCCUCCCAUUCGUCCAUGGCGCUACCGCCCGCCACGCUGGGCGAUCCGGUGCUUCGGUCGCUGUUGCGAUCCGCGCCACUCCCGCGACGCUCCAUGCGUUAGACUAGGCCACUGAUUCCAACGCGCUCGAAUGCCUUCAGAACCCGGCCUGUGGCUCAUUGACUCUUUGACUGCUCGAAUUAUUGACUGAUUGACUGCCAAGAAUCGACUGAUUGUUCUGUAAUUCAUAAUUUAUAAUUGAUUGAAUUAUAUUCCUCCAUGGCGCUGCCCCUCGGCAAGCUGGGCGACUUGGUGCUCAAGACGCUGAGCAAGCCGCUCGCCAAGGCAAUCAAGCGCCGCGCCGCCAGCCACCCCAAGUUCCGCGCAUCCAUCGCCAACUGGGCGCAGGGCUACCACCGCUUCACGGUGCAGCUGCAGCGGCGGCUGUACGGGCAGUCCCCCGCGGCGCACAUCAAGCGGCUCAACGAGGAGAAGGCCGUCAGCACGGCCAGCGAGGUGGUGGGCGAGCUCAUCGUGUUCGGGGUGGCAGGAGGAGUGGUGUUUAUCGAGGCAGCAAGGAGUUCUCGCUCCAAUGCAAGGAAGGAAGCAAAGCUGCGGCUGGAGCGAGAGGCCCUGCACGAGAGGGACCGGCAGCUGGAGGAGGAGGCACGGGUGUUGAGGCAGCGACUGGAGCAGCUCGAGGAGUCCCUGGCUGCUGACAUCUGGCUGCCACGUGUCCUCACUGGAUUGGGCGUUGGAACUGCCGCCUCCUCCUCCUCCUCCUCCUCUGCCUCUGCACCUUCCACGAUCCCCACUCCAGCAGCGGCAGCAGGAGGGACAAGAGAAAGGGAAGCAGAGGGCGGGGAGGGGGGGAGUAGUGAAGGGGGAACUCAAGAAGGGUUUGGGUUGGAGGAGGAGAGGGAGGGGUCCGCAGUGGGGAGUAGCAGCAGGGAGGGCAGUAGCGGGGCAGUGGACGGACGGGAGAAAGGGGAGGAGGAGGACGGAGUGGAUGGGCAGCUGAGUGGGGCUGUGAGCAAGUGAGGUGCUGAGUGGUGCGCGCAUGAGCGCAUACUGCCUUGCAGUGCAUGGCACAGCGCCCCAUCUCACAGGCACAGGACAUUGACAUGCAUGCUGCAACAUCCACAGCGCACACAGCCACGGGCCUUCCAACAGCGCACAGCAGAAAAAGAGCAGACAGCAGGCACAGCACAGACUCCAGGUCGCAUUCAUUCCCCACAACAUGGGUGCUCAAACGUAUCCGCCGGCACAGUGGUUUCUGGUAGAUAUUUCAUUGUGCCGUGGUGGUGGCGCACUAUUCAUGCACCUCCUGUACAGUGACCACAGACUGCAGCACCCUUCAUUCACCGCGACGCCCCGCUUUCGUCGCCAUGGCACCAGCAUUCCCUCCUGCAGCCCGAGCCAUGGGGUGCUUCCCCCAACGGCCAUGGGUUCGUGACGUGCAUCCUCCAUCGCAUCCCAACACUGCAUGCAUGCAUGCAUCACCAUCCAUCAUCGCUCUACUCACUCACCCGGCUACGACAUGCAUCCACCAUGGCUACACACUGCAUGCAUGCAUCACCGUCCAUCCACCAUCCCUUGUCUCCCCAAACCCGAUCAUGAUGACUCUAGCACCCUCUUCACCGUCUCAGCACACACAUCAGCAGCUCUUCCCCCAGCGACCACGCACCAUGGCACCAGCUACAAACAACUCCCCUUGCCCUGGCUCAUUCCCAGAGUCUGUCACCUGCGUGGAUCAUAUUUCGCUGCUUACAACUUGCUAUUAUCUUCUCUGUACAUCAUCUAUCGGCAGAUUGCCGGCUGCCUUGUUCCUCUUCAAUUCAUUUUCUCAGCACGUAGGCUUCACAUCACACCUCCAUCCGCAAGUUGAAGGCUUCUUUUUAAGGCCUUACUGUACUUGAGUUUUAACCUUGUCGAAUAACUUAUAGCCCUGAGU